AUGCGGUGGAUUACUCCUCAGGGGCGUUCAGUGCUAGUGUCUCGUACGUUACUACAUAAAACAAGACCAUCGCCGUUGGCCUCCGCAUCUCGAUUGCAUCUUUCCGUAUCUUCAUCUUCUGCUGUCCUUGGUCCUCGCUGCCAUAGUGUUGCUGCUUCUGUGACUCAGAUUUCCAAAAUGGCUCGAUUUCCCUCACAACAAACCCGUCCGGUCCAUGCGACCCCCCAUGUUAACCACAAUGGUCCAAUUGAACAAAACUAUGACACCGCCAACCCGCCCUACAUCCGCAAGUACCUCCGCACCUACGGUCUGACUCCUCCCCGUGCAGAAAGCUACGAGGUCCAGAAAACAAGGUGUCUCGCUCAGCUGGGCUUGAAGCAGACAGCAAUCGACAAAUUCCUCUAUCUCAGCACUCUCCGCAAGAACAAUGUGCACCUGUUUUACCGCUUGGUUACAGAUCAUCUCAAGGAAUUGACUCCCCUCAUCUAUACCCCGGUCGUUGGAGAAGCCUGUCAGAGGUGGUCCGAGAUCUACCAACAGCCGGAAGGCAUGUACCUUAGCUGGGAAGACCGGGGUAACUUGGCUGCUGUCAUCGCCAACUGGCCACAGCCCAACGUGGAGAUCACAUGCAUCACCGAUGGUUCCCGAAUUCUCGGUCUAGGUGACCUUGGCAUCAAUGGAAUGGGCAUUCCUAUUGGUAAAUUGGCUCUCUACACUUCGUGUGCAGGUAUUCGACCCGAAGCCACCCUGCCCUUGACUCUAGAUCUGGGCACAAGCAACAAAGCUCUCCGGGAAGACCCGCUUUACAUGGGUAGCCGCCACGAUAAGAUUACUCCCGAUCAGGAGCGGGAAUUCUUGGACGAGCUGAUGGGUGCUCUCACCGAGCGCUGGCCCGGCAUUGUUAUUCAGUUUGAGGAUUUCAAGAAUCCCUUCCCUGCGCUAGAAAGAUACCAGGAUGUCUACACCUGCUUCAACGAUGACAUCCAGGGCACGGGUGCUGUUAUCCUCGGUGGUGUCAUCAAUGCUGUGAAGCGCUCUGGCCUUCCCUGCAAGGAUCACCGUGCUGUCUUCCUUGGUGCGGGAAGUGCUGGCGUGGGUGUUGCAAAGCAGAUCGUCGCUUUCUUCAUGCGCGAGGGCAUGACCGAGGAUGAAGCUCGAUCAUGCUUCUACCUAGUCGACACCAAGGGGCUUGUGACAGCUGACCGUGGCGACAAGCUGGCCGAUCACAAGGUUUACUUCGCCCGGUCAGACAACCAAGGUCAACAGCUCAAGACUCUUGAGGACGUUGUCGACCAUGUGAAGCCGACCAUCCUCAUGGGUCUUUCCACCCUAGGUGGUGUGUUCACCCCAGAGAUCCUCCGCAAGAUGGCGGAAUGGAACACUAGCCCCAUUGUCUUCCCUCUGUCCAACCCGUCAUCUAAGUCCGAGUGUGACUAUGAGUCUGCCGUGACAAACACCGACGGACGUGUUCUCUUCGCGUCCGGCUCCCCAUUUCCCACCAUGUCCUUUACCAACGCAGCCGGCGAGCAUAAGAUGCACUACCCGGGGCAGGGUAACAACAUGUACGUGUUCCCUGGUAUUGGGCUCGGCACCAUCCUGUCCAAGGCCGUCAAGGUUACCGACAGCAUGAUCUAUGCUUCGGGUGAGGCGCUCUCCAAGGCUCUCACUGCAGAAGAGAUUGAACGGGGACUCCUCUACCCUGACCUGACCCGCAUUCGUCAGGUCAGCGUUGUCGUCGCGCGAAACGUCAUCCGUGCCGCUCAAGAAGACAAGGUUGACCGCGAGGCUACCCUUCGCACAGUGGAUGAUGAAGCCCUUGAUGCUUGGAUCAAGGGUCGCAUGUACGACCCUCACUCCGAAGUCCACUCCCUUGAGAGGGAAGUUGGUGCUAUCCUGUCUAGCCUAGGAGCCCCUCAACAGAUCGGUCUGAAUGGUUCCGCAGAUGAUGCUAAGUUGUAA